CAUUUUUCUUAGAUUAAUGUUGAAAACAUAAAGUAUAUUUUGAAAUUAAUUCUUGAAUGGUUACAACUUUAUUAAGUUUUAUUAUUUCAAACAAUUAAUACAUUGAGUUGUAAUUUUUGAGAUCCUCACGCGGUGGUUGAACAAUAAUGAUAAAAAAAAACAACAUAAACCGAAAAACAGAAGCAGUUACUUUUCAUGAAAAAAGAAAAAAUUGGUGAGGUCACCCAAGGAGGAAGAAGACAAGCAUUAUAGGGUGGCGCACAAUAGCAAAACCGCCAUAGCUUACGUGCCUGCAACUGCAGGUGCAUUAGCCAAGUUUCAUUUAUCUGGAAGAUAAUACUGAUAAAACCAAUAAGAGAUAGACAUAAAUGAAGGAGAGAUGCUGCAAUUUUUUCUUGGGUUUUGUUUUUGUUUUUUGUUUUUUUCUUUUUCUUUUACUUUUUCCCUUAUCUUCAAAGUGGUGCCAGUUCCAUGUGUUAUAAAUAAGGGGGUACUUGGCAAAGCCAUUGCAUGAACAUCUCAUAGUAGUAGUUGUAUAGAUAUAUACACACAGCUUUAGAUACAAAAACACACACAUUUAGAGUUCUUACCAUGGCUGCAUCUUUCUCAGCACCUUCAAUGAUUAUGGAGGAAGAAGGGAGGUUUCAAGCAGAAGUAGCAGAGGUGCAAGCAUGGUGGAACUCGGAGAGGUUCAAGCUCACCCGUCGACCAUAUUCAGCUAGGGAUGUUGUGGCUCUGCGUGGCAACCUCAGGCAGAGCUACGGCUCAAAUGAGCUCGCCAAGAAGCUGUGGAGGACUCUCAAGACUCACCAAGCCAAUGGCAGUGCCUCAAGGACCUUUGGUGCACUCGAUCCUGUUCAAGUCACCAUGAUGGCCAAGCACUUGGACACCAUUUAUGUCUCCGGUUGGCAGUGCUCAUCAACCCACACAUCCACCAAUGAGCCAGGUCCAGACCUGGCUGAUUACCCAUAUGACACUGUGCCAAACAAGGUUGAGCAUCUCUUUUUUGCUCAGCAAUACCAUGAUCGAAAGCAGAGAGAGGCUCGAAUGAACAUGAGCCGAGAUGAAAGGGCUAGAACCCCAUUUGUCGAUUACUUGAAGCCCAUCAUUGCUGAUGGUGAUACUGGAUUUGGUGGUGCAACUGCAACUGUCAAGCUUUGCAAGCUUUUCGUGGAGCGCGGGGCUGCUGGUGUCCACAUUGAGGACCAGUCCUCAGUGACCAAAAAAUGUGGCCACAUGGCUGGCAAAGUUCUUGUUGCAGUUAGUGAGCAUAUCAAUAGGCUUGUGGCUGCAAGGCUGCAGUUUGAUAUCAUGGGGGUUGAGACGGUCUUGGUGGCGCGAACCGAUGCAGUUGCAGCCACCUUGAUUCAGACCAAUAUUGACACCAGGGAUCACCAGUUCAUUUUGGGUGUUACUAACCCAAACCUCAAGGGUAAGAGCUUGGCUACUCUCCUAUCAGAAGCAAUGGCUGCUAACAAAACCGGAGCUGAGCUUCAAGCCAUUGAGGACAACUGGCUGUCAAUGGCACAAUUGAAGACAUUUUCAGAUUGUGUGGUGGAUGCAAUCAAGAACACGAACAUAAGUGAGGCUGAGAAGAGGAGGAGGAUGAAUGAGUGGAUGAACCAUUCCAGCUACAACAAUUGCCUUUCAAAUGAGCAAGGCAGAGAAAUUGCUGAGAGAUUGGGGCUUCACAAUCUUUUCUGGGACUGGGAUUUGCCUAGAACCAGAGAAGGCUUCUAUAGGUUCAAAGGGUCUGUAAUGGCAGCCGUUGUUCGUGGCUGGGCAUUUGCUCCACAUGCAGACCUCAUUUGGAUGGAAACUGCCAGCCCGGAUAUGGUUGAAUGCACCAAGUUCGCGGAAGGAGUGAAAUCAAUGCAUCCUGAGACCAUGUUGGCUUAUAAUCUCUCCCCUUCCUUCAAUUGGGAUGCAUCAGGAAUGAAUGAUGAACAGAUGAGGGACUUCAUUCCCCGGAUUGCCAAGCUGGGCUACGUUUGGCAGUUCAUCACAUUGGCUGGUUUCCAUGCUGAUGCACUCAUUGUCGACACUUUUGCUAAGGACUUCUCUAGGAGGGGAAUGCUGGCUUAUGUGGAGAAGAUCCAGAGAGAGGAGAGGAACCAUGGAGUGGACACACUGGCUCAUCAGAAAUGGUCCGGUGCAAAUUACUAUGACAGGGUCCUCAAGACUGUCCAGGGAGGCAUCAGUUCAACUGCUGCAAUGGGAAAAGGGGUGACUGAGGAGCAGUUCAAGGAGACAUGGACUAGGCCAGGGGCAACAGACAUGGGUGAUGGCAGUGUCGUGAUUGCGAAAGCAAGAAUGUAA